CAGGGGCGGACUGACCAUUUGGAAACCCGGGCACUGCCCGAGGGCCCGGGGUCAGUAGGGGGCCCUAUGAGAUGCCCCUGGUAUCUUUUUCAUAGGCUUUUUUGCAUUUGGGCAAGGACACAGGGGCCCCAUGAUCCCCUAUUGCCCGGGGGCCCCAUGAGUUGUCAGUCCGCCCCUGUUUAUCCGCCCCUGCCUAAUGAUUAACGUAUUUGCUCAUAUUUCAUCUGUUUAUUAUACCAUUA